AUGCAGGUCUGCGUGCAAUCCUUCACGCGAGCCUUGCUUCAGGGCAUCAAUGUUUGCGUGCUUCUCGAUGAUAACCGAACCCGCCUGGCGGAAGUUGGCAUCCUCAGCUUGGAGUGUGCCUCUGCGAACGCAGCGGCUGCAGGAACUGAGCACCUCCACUUCAGGUAUAUAGAUGGAUGGCUGCUUGCAAUCGCGGGCAACGCUGACGAUGAGGGGAGGGCAGUUUCUGACCUUUGUCUUCGACAGCCCCAGGGUCAGGGAGUACUUCGAGAUGUGCCUCAAGGAGGGAGCGGAAAGCUUCUUCGAUGUGCGGUCCUCAUCAUCGCCAAAGGCGGAGAAAGGACUCCAGAGGCCCUGAUGCCGAAUCUAGCGUUGCGGAUGUUUGUAGAAUUAUGA